GACGAUAACACCCCUACCUUCCUCUUCCUUUUCCCGGACCCCUGCCCUCUCUCCCUCGCCGGCUCGCCGCUCCUCUCCCUCUCGCUCCUCUCACUCUCUGUCGAGUGUCGACGGUUUAAAACAUGAAAUGGGGGAGAAUCCCGUCCCCUCUCCAAGUUUGUGAGACCACUUCACUCAAGGCUUUGCGAUUCUCCAAGUUACCCUGUAAUAGUUUCACGGCAAGCAAUUGGGUCUUCUCCUGCUCCACGAACCCCAAUACUCUUCUUCGACUGGUGAAGAUCGCACAAAACCUAUCAUAAUGCUGUUUCAUAACCUGCGAAGAGCUUAUGGCUGUGCUUGUUCUUCAGUUACCCAUGUUGUUAAUUCGUCUCGGCUGCUUUCCACUCCCUUCUCUCACCCUGCGCGCUUCAGCAAUUUUGUUCACAGGAAGCCGAUCUGGCAACCCCAGAAGUUCCAACCCUUUUCAUCUCCAUCCAGAGCGUUAAUUGGGUUCUGUUUACCCCGACGUAAUUCAUGGGAAUUCAGAUACUUGAGUAGCUACGGGUCGGUGAACCUGGUGAUAUCGGAUGGGAAGCCCAAAUUUGAGACUCGUGAGGUUGAUCCUCCUAAAAAGGACAAAUGGCUGACCAAGAAGAGGCUAAAGCUGCAAAGGAAGAGGGAAAAGGACAGGAGAAAAGCUGCUAAUAGGAAAGACCCUCGUACCCUCACCGUGAAGAGGGAUAGGAAGAAGAGAUUUUCUAAUGCAGAGGAGAGAAUCAAGUACAAGCUUAGGCGGGCAAGAAUGAAGGAGGCAGCACUAAUUGAGAGACUGCAGAGGUAUGAAGUUCCCAAAGCUCAAGGUCCCGAGGUUAGACCGCAUAAGCUCACUGGUGAAGAGCGGUUUUACCUCAAGAAGGUGGCGCAGAAGAAGUCUAAUUAUGUUCCGAUUGGCCGGAGAGGAGUAUUCGGAGGUGUCAUCCUUAAUAUGCAUAUGCAUUGGAAGAAGCAUGAGACCGUGAAGGUUAUUUGCAAUUCAUGCAAACCUGGUCAGGUUCAUGAGAUUGCUCAGGAGAUUGCGAGGCUGAGUGGUGGGAUCCCUAUACAUAUAAGUGGUGAUGAUACCAUUGUGUUCUAUCGAGGGAAGAAGUAUGUUCAGCCAGAAGUUAUGUCACCAAUUGACACAUUGUCAAAGAAGAAGGCACUGGAGAAAUCAAAGUAUGAGCAAUCACUCGAGUCCGUCAGACGCUUCAUUGCUAUAGCCGAGAAGGAACUCGAGCUCUACUACAGGCAUAUCGCACUCUAUGGUGACCCAAAUAGUAGGAAUCCAAUCUCCAUAUUGGACAGACCGCCACAAGACUCCAGAGACCCGGGAAAGAGGAGCUACAAUUCUGCUAGGGAUUUCGGGACAGAUGCUGAUUGCAGUAGUGAAGAAGCACUAUCCGAAGAAACGGAAACUAAUUUUGACGAUGCCGAUUGGAGUAGUGAAGAAGAACAAUCAGAUUCUGGAAAAUCAUAAUUUUGAUGGCCUAGUUUUAGGGUUCGAUUUGACAUAAUGUGAUUUACCGGCUGGCCUGGUUUUCAUCUGCAGUGAUUAUAUAGUGAAUUCUGUAUAUACCUUUUCCGCAACUAGUUUUUCAUCCAGAGGGGCUGUUUUUUUUUCUUCUCCUGCAAGAAUAUUUUUGUACCUCAAUGGUAAAACAGAUAGAAAAGUAGUUGGUGCCCUCGCGUACUAUGGUGUUAAUGAAGUGAUGAACAUGGCCUUGCUGGUGAAAGCAAACUACAACUGCAAAUCUGCAAUGCUCACAUGCUGUUAAUUGCUAU